AUUUUAAUCAGAUUGGCUAAAAUAUAUUUAAAAACUCUUAAUUACAUCUAUGAGUCAUUUCGCGUAUUAAGUACUUGCGUAAAAAAAAUAGGAAUCUGCAGUAUCAAACAAAAUAUUCACAAAGUAAGAUGUCCUCACACAAAAUAUUCACAAAGUAAGAUGUCCUCACACAAUAUUGGCAGACUCAAAGACCCUCCAAACACAUGGAUACCCUUGAUAUGUAUAAUAGAGAAAGGCUUGUAACUCUUUGUACCAUGUUGUACAUAAUAAACAAUUUCGGUGAUUAAAAAAUAAAAACAAAGACAUUUUAAAACUUCAUUCUGUAGCUUUUGACUUGUACACAGCUCAUCUAAAUUGUCAUUAAAAUCCCAGAAUUUCAUGUACUUCCCAAGAUAUUGGAAAAUUAAUUAAAUGAUUUGACCUCCUUAUCAACAUUACCUUGGGCCUGCUGAACAUUCUGAUAUUUUAUGUGUACAUAGACUAUUUGAACAAAUAUUUCCUAUAGGCUUAAUCUAAUUUUGAAAUUGAAGAACUAACCAAUUUAAAAAUUAUUUUACAAGUGUCAAAUACUGUAAAUCAUUUUAUUUGUGAGAGCAUUGCUUACGCAUGAUUUCGAUAUUCAUAUGCAAAAAUUAGUUUUUGUACUUUCUGUCUGUCUGUCAAAAUCUUGUGAAUCCUUCUCCUAUAUGGCUUAUCAGAUAGACUUGAAACUUUAUACAAUUUUUCAUUGCCAUUUGUAGAUGUGCAUAUUGUCGGGACAGAAGGAUCCAAUUAUUUUCUUAAAAGUUAUAGGGGAUCUAAGAGGAAUGGAGGAUGUAAAAUAGCCUGUGAGCACUUUUCCUAUAUGGCUUAUUGGAUAGAUUUGAAACCUUGUACAAUGCUCCAUUGCUAUUAAUUGUAAAUAUGCAUAUUGUCAGGACAGGAGGAUCCAAUUAUUUUCCUAAAAGCUAUAGUGGAUCUAAGAGGGGUGGAGUGUGGAGGAUGUAAAAUAGCUUGUGAACACUUCUCCUAUAUGGCUUAAAUAUCAGAUAGACUUGAAACUUUGUACAAUGCUUCAUUGCCAUUUGUAGAUGUGCAUAUUGUUUGGGACAGGAGGAUCUAAUUAUUUUCCUAAAAGUUAUAGUGGAUCUAAGAGGGGUGGAAGAUGUUAAAAUAGCUUGUGAACACUUCUCUUAUAUGGCUUAUCCAAUAGACUUGAAAUUUUGUAUGAUACUUCAAUGCCAUUUGCAGGUGUGCAUAUUGAUGGGGCCAGGAGGAUCCAAUUGUCCUUAAAGUUAUAGUGGAUCUGAGGGGUGGAGGGUGUAAAAUAAUUUGUGAACACUUCUCCUAGGCUAUGUAGCUUAUCGGAGUUCAUAUUGUCUAUGUUCCUGCCCAUGCUUUCUCCUCCAUACCACGCAGUACAUUAAGGGAGGAGGUUUCAUUUGGAGCACGUCCAAUUUGGGGAGACAUUUGUUUUUCAUAACAAUAAUCUCUAGUUUAUAUUAGAUUAAUCUUGUUUUAUAUUGGAUAAUCUUGUCAUUUAUAUUCGAUAAAUUGAACAAGAUUAUUGAAUAUAAAUAAAAAUUAAUCGAAUAUAAAUAACAAGAUUAUCGAAUAUAAAUCAAGAUUUAUUGCAUAUACAAUGUUUGUCCAAAUUAUUGCAUAUAAAUAUCAAUUAUCAAGAUUAUUGAAUAUACUUCAAAAUGUUCAAUGAUUCGAAUAUAAAUCAAGAUUUUUGCAUAAAAUCAACAAGAUUAUCGAAUAUAAAUCAAGAUAUUCACAUAUUGAUAUCAAGAUUAUUGAAUGUGAAUCAAGAGUUUUGCAUAUAAAUCAAAUUUUUUAUAUAGUAUGGCAACGUCUUACACGCCAUAGUAGAGCGCAUCAUUGAAUUUUUCUGCAAAUCAUUGCGUAUUAUCAACAAAAUAGACAUUAUAAAAUCAGUUUACCAUCAAAUAACUUAAAAGGUUAUUGGCAGACAAAUAUUCAGUAGAACAUAAUUAUGUACAUUUAUCAUGAUGAUGUACUGUUUCAAUCUAUUUUAUUUCUAUGGAAAUCUUUCUAAAGUGAAUACUGACAAUUGCCUAUUGCUUCACGCGGAUGUUGUUACAUUGUACUUGACCCUGUGACACUAAUGCCGUACUGAUAACUACAGCACUGUAUGCAAUUAAUGAAAAGGCGCUAUUGUAUUGUAUUUCCGUGAAUUUGGAUUUCUUCCUUUUUGCGCACGAUUAAAGUUAGCAAGUUAAAAUACAGAACAAAGAUCAAAUCUUAAUCCUUUCCCUCUAUACUCAGAGGGAGGACACGAUAAUGCAUUUUCCGGCAAAUGCUAGUAAUUCCUCGGACGCUAGAGAGGACAUUCUGCUGAGCGAGGACUUUGAAGUUCCGGUUUCUUAUGUGGUGGGGCUAUCAGGACUGUUUCUAUGGACCCUCCUGAACUCCGUGGUCGUUGUUAGAGCAGAACAUGCGGAAGUUACCCUGACAGAAGGCGGCAGUACGACGGCGCUUCAGUACAUACAGCUAGGGGUCUGUAACACACUAGCCGCGGCUUUUAAACUCUUGGAGAAUAUUCUGAGGGUGAGCGAUGCGUCCUGCACCUUCGUUCUGCUUUUGGAACAAUUUUUCAACGUUUUCCACGCAGCUUCCGUCCUCCAGGUUUUGAUUUUGGCGCUCCAGAGACUGUCAUUUUUCCAGUUUCCAAAUAUACAGUGCUACAAUUCCAGAGGGUUCCGAAUCUUCACUUUCUCAAUUUAUCCGAUCGCGUUUGUCGUCGAAAUUCCAGCCUUUAUUGAAUUAAAACGUAUUGUACUUCUCAACCAUGAAUACUGUUACGGAAGCGAAUUUUCCUUUUCGUUUUUUCAUGACGAACUUGCAAAAGUCCAGUAUUGGCUUCGGUUCGCAGCUGUCAGGGUGGUGCCGUGCGUCAUUCUACUUCCGGUGAUCAUACUUCUGGUAAUCGUUUUACUGAAGACGUAUAGACGACGCAUCCACGCCAGAAACGUGACCGCCACCCAAUCGUUUCUGAACGACUCGGCCGUCAUAUUCAUCUCAUCCACGACAUUUUUCAUCGAGAUUCUUUACAUUAUUGUAUUGGGCAUGGAUAACAUUCAAAGGAAAACUAGGGCCAUGGCUGCAACAAACGUUUUCCGUCACCUGAUUACGGACGCCAUUUUGUUGCUCACUUACACCUGGUAUUUCUUCUAUCACACUAUUCUUGGAACCAAGGAGCGCAAGUAUGUUCAUCAGUGGAGAAAUAAGACGAUAUCAAGUUUGACACAACCAUCUAGAUAUUUCACUGUGCGUAAAAAGCAGAGAAAGAAUAGAAACCCCACGGUGUCUUCUGCACAGGAAUCGAGUCCACCCCGAGUCCGAUCCGCCGUGUCUGUGAAUCUGGAAUCAACUGCAUCAGGAAUUCUGGAAAGAGAGUUGUAGAAACAUUGAACGAGAAUGGAGUUCUGUUGAUACACCACUGAACAGCAUAAGUUAAGACGUGUUCACCAACGUGUCAGUUUUAAAAUGCCUACAAUCUCUUGAUUAAAACUUACUUUCAGUACUAGGCCACCCGAUUUUCUUUGGUGACUUAUUGCGGUUUGAUCCGUCUUGUAAUAUUUAUAAAACUUGUUAUUUGUAUAUAGUAUCUAAGAGGUAAGCAACACCA